GUCUGCGUUUUAAUUUCUUCCUCCUCCAACUCCCGCUCAUCCGCCUUUAACCGGAGAAAUAUGGGUUCAACCGGCGAGACCCAGAUGACGCCCACCCAAGUUUCAGACGAGGAAGCCAACCUCUUUGCCAUGCAACUGACCAGCGCCUCCGUCCUCCCCAUGGUCCUCAAAUCCGCAAUUGAGCUCGACCUCCUCGAAAUCAUGGCCAAAGCCGGCCCCGGAGCUUUCCUCUCCCCUAACGAAAUCGCUUCCCAUCUCCCCACCCUAAACCCCGAUGCACCCGUUAUGCUGGACCGGAUCCUCCGCCUUCUGGCUAGCUACAACGUCCUCACCUGCAGCGCGCACAAUCUCCCCGACGGUAAGGUGGAGAGGCUGUACGCUCUGGCUCCCGUUUGCAAAUACCUGGCCAAGAAUGAGGAUGGAGUCUCUAUUUCCGCUCUGAGCCUCAUGAAUCAAGAUAAGGUCCUCAUGGAAAGCUGGUACCACUUGAAAGAUGCAGUGCUUGAAGGUGGAAUUCCAUUUAACAAGGCUUAUGGAAUGACUGCAUUUGAGUAUCACGGGACAGAUCCUAGAUUUAACAAAGUUUUCAACAAGGGGAUGUCUGAUCACUCUACCAUUACCAUGAAGAAAAUUCUUGAACUCUACAAAGGUUUUGAGGGUCUUAAAACUCUGGUCGAUGUUGGUGGUGGGACUGGUGCCACACUUAACAUGAUCAUCUCGAAGUAUCCCACAAUUAAGGGAAUUAACUUUGAUUUGCCUCAUGUAAUUGACGAUGCUCCUGCUUAUCCUGGCGUUGAGCAUGUUGGUGGUGACAUGUUUGUUAGUGUUCCGAAAGGAGAUGCCAUUUUCAUGAAGUGGAUAUGUCAUGACUGGAGCGAUGAACACUGCUUGAAAUUCUUGAAGAACUGUCAUGAAGCUUUACCAGAUCACGGAAAGGUUAUUGUCGCUGAAUGCAAUCUUCCUGAUGUCCCAGAUCUCACCCUUGCCACCAAGUUAGUUGUCCACAUUGACUGUAUCAUGUUGGCUCAUAACCCUGGGGGAAAAGAGAGAACUGCAAAGGAAUUUGAGACCCUUGCCAAGGGUGCUGGUUUUGAAGGUUUCCAAGUAAAGUGCUGUGCUUUCGGCACCUAUAUCAUGGAGUUUCUGAAAAAGGCUUGAGUAAAAUUAAUUCGGCUAUAUCAUCAUCAUACAAGCAUACUUCUUUCUUUUGCCUGCUGAGGUGUAUCGUCUCUAAGGUGGAUUAGUCUUCUUGUAUAAGUAGUUCUUGCUCUUCAAAAAUAACUGAAACAAAUACAGAUUAUAUAUAUGUAUGCUGCUUGUGUCAAAUAAACAUUGUAAUGUGUUUGAUUUGUAAUGUGUUUGAUUUCAUGUAAAUGAAAUUUUCAGUGGCUUGAAGCUUCAAAAACUUUAUGAAAUGAUUUUCUAAUUUUGUAUAUGAAAUCUCCCUAAAUUAACAUUUCCUUUUAAU